CAGUGUUGCAUUAGAAACCGAGGCCAUAAUGUUCCUCCCAUGUGCAUCUUUUGUUUGAGCCUGACAAAAUCUCGGGCGGCAUUUGGACUGGCGCUCGUCAGCGAUACGUUGUGCUGCUGCAGCAGCAGCAUCCCAUAAUUCGACACGCACACGACUUGGAUUUCAACACCGAAAUCGGAUUUGUGUGUCUGCAUGUUGCCGUCGAGAGAUGCCGGCCUGCGUUCUUUUUCGUUUCGCUCUGCUUCUGCUGCUGCUGGGGAAACGGGCUUUGGCAGAGAUUCGCUACUCCACCCCCGAGGAGGUUAAAGAUGGAACCGUUGUUGGGAAUCUUGCAAAGGAUUUGGGUCUUGACGUGGGCUCUCUGGUCGAUCGCCGCUUCCGAGUGGUUUCCGAAUCGAAGGAGGCCUUUUUCGAGGUAAACCGGCAGAACGGGGUGCUGUACGUGAACAAGGGGAUCGACAGAGAUGAUUCGUGUCAGGGCGGCGGCGCCUGCCUCUUUGAGCUCAAAGUCAUUGUGGAGAACCCUUUGGAAAUACAUUAUGUCAUGAUAGAAAUCACAGACGUCAACGAUCACGCGCCUGUUUUUAUAGAAAAAGAGCAAAAGUUUGAAAUAGCCGAGCACACGUUGCCCGGUAAACGAUUCAAGCUGCAUGCGGCACACGAUCCCGACGCGGGGAUGAACUCCAUCCGCGCCUACACGCUGACGUCAAACGAGCAUUUUGAAGUCGAUGUUCGCCAGAGCGAUGAGGAGAAAAUUCCUUUUUUGGUGCUGAAGAAAUCUCUGGACCGGGAACAAAAGGCAAAACACUCGCUGCGGGUCACAGCGCUGGAUGGAGGAAAACCCCCACGAUCGGGGACGCUGAACGUGUCCGUUGUUGUGCUCGACAUCAAUGACAACAGACCAACGUUCAGUCAAGACAUUUACCAAAUUACAAUCGCGGAAAAUAUCCCGAUAGGUACUUCAAUAUUUCAAAUGAAUGGUACAGACCCGGAUGAAGGGGUGAACGGAGAAAUCGAAUAUAGUCUCGCAAAGGCUUUGAAGAAAAGUGUAUACGCUGUUUUUGAAAUGGAGAGAUUGACUGGGAUUGUAAGAAUAAAAGGACACGUAGACUAUGAAGAAGAUGAUAUAUUUAAACUCGACAUCGAGGCCUCCGACAGAGGAACACCUGCGAUGACAGGUGAGUGCAGAGUCAUUAUCAAGAUAAGAGACAUGAAUGAUCAUGUUCCAGAAAUAGAAGUGACUUCCCUGUCAAAUACGGUGGCAGAAGACUCCAAACCUGGCACAGUUAUUUCCCUCAUCAGCGUGAAGGAUAGAGACUCGGGUGUGAAUGGCAAAAUGAUCUCCACCAUAACCAACGACGUCCCUUUUGAAUUGAAGCCAUCCUACAAAGAAAACAUAUUUUCGGUGGUGACGAAAGAAUAUUUGGACAGGGAGGAGGUCUCUCAGUAUGAAAUUGAAAUCAAGGCCAGCGACUGUGGUGAACCUCCUUUAUCGAAUGUAAAAUCGCUCAAUAUUCAGAUCUCAGAUGUGAAUGAUAACAGUCCGCACUUUGAAAAGAACCCCCUUGAGUUUUAUUUAACAGAGAACAAUGCGGCCGGGAGUUCCAUUUUCUCCAUCAGUGCAUCGGACAAAGAUAUAAACGACAACGCUGCUAUUUCCUAUCGUAUCGUGGGAGAGAGACGUCUGAAUGACAUCGCAUCUUUCCUCAACAUUAAUCCGGAGACCGGAGAAGUGACGGCGCUGAAGAGUUUUGACUUUGAGGCGCUGAAAAGCUUCCAGUUCCAGGUGUCGGCCACCGACGGCGGAAGUCCUCCGCUGAGCGGCAACGUGACGGUCAAGGUGUUCAUUCUGGAUCGGAACGACAACGCUCCGGUCAUCCUGUAUCCGCUCAGCUCCAACGGUUCCGCCCGAGGCGCCGAGGAGAUUCCCCGCAAUGCCAAAGCGGGAGACUCGGUGACUAAAGUCCGAGCCUACGACGCCGAUACGGGAUAUAACGGCUGGUUGCUGUUUUCGCUGCGGCCGCUCGGCGAGCGCGCUCUCUUUUCUCUGGACCGCUAUACGGGCCAGAUCAGAACACUUCGCCCGUUCACCGAGACGGACGAGGCCGAGCAUCGACUGCUCGUACUGGUCAAAGACAACGGCGACGUUUCGCUCUCGGCGACGGCUACCGUGACCGUCAAACUGGCCGAGCCCAAAGAGGCUUUGGCGGCUUCCGACCACGCGGGAAGCGCGGCCGAAGCGGACCGGCGCGAGGACCGGGUGACUUUUUAUCUGGCGCUGACUUUGGGCUCGGUCUCGCUGCUUUUGGUCAUCGCCGUGGUGGUGCUGAUCGCCAUGCGCUGCUCCAAACCCGCAGAGUACACGUCCAAAUAUCUCCAAGACGCUCAUUACGACGGCACGCUGUGUCACAGCAUCCAGUACAGAUCGGGAGACAAACGCUACAUGUUAGUCGGACCCAGGAUGAGUGUUGCUUCCGCCGGCGCCCCGGGCAGCCACGCCGGCACGCUGGUUCUGCCCGACGCCAGACGUGCGGCCGCAGGGGAGGUAAGAAUCAUUAAUCUACUAUGUCUUUUUUUUUUUUAAUGAAUCAGAAAAAAUAGAGGCCACGUUCAAAAUCAAAUGUUGCUUGAUUUGAACCAUUUCUCCACAUAUUGUCACACUUGUCAAUGAUGUGAAAUUCUGGUCCUGGUUAUCACGUUGAAGUUUUGGCGGCCUUACAGAUAGAAUUCCCUCGGGCCGGGUGUUGCAGUUAAGCUCUGAGAUGCUUUGGUGCUGAAGUCCUGCCAGUGGUCACUGAUUCUAUUUGUACGAAACGAGAGCAAUAGUGACUCGGACUUUGGCUCACGUGUUUUACAUAUGACAGAAGCUAUACUUGACAUCUAUGUUGACCUUAACUCUUUUGCUCUCAACUGAACAGACACGUCAUUAGGUACAUCUACAAUCUAACGUGAACCCAACAGAUAUAAAGCAGCUGUCGAAAAUAGCGUUGAGAUUUGGCUUGACCUUCUCGCGAUUUUGAACGCUUCAAGCCGUGUUCAAAGGUCACAUCAGUCUCGUUCCACCCCGGUCCCGGGCGACCGCGUUGACUUGAACUUAUAAAACAUCUAUGUUCUCCGACACAUUUGGAAAAUACAUUACAAGUCCCACCUCAUAGUUUUUUUGGUUUAUUUUUUAAAACAUGAUUUAAUGGAGAUCAUUCGUAAACAGAGAACACAAAUGUGGGCGGACUGCUUCAGUAUGACAUACAAAAAUAUCUGCCUGCGGUAACCAUACUUGGUCGAAUUGUUUUGGACUUGAAACUCGGUUUUCCGUCGUCGGGCAGUUCGUUGUGUGAAGUCCUCGGAGGAAAUGUUGCUGUCUAUGGUGCUGAACGUGUAUGAAAUGUAUGAACUCAGAAGUCCAGGAUAAUCGUUUGGUCGACUGUUGUUCAAGUUGC